AUGUGGGCGUUCCUUGUGCGGGCGUUCCUUGUGCGGGCGUUCCUUGUGCGGGCGUCCACACAUGCGUCCAUACAUGCAGGGAAGGAUGCACUGAGGCGCUGUGGGGGUCGGCUCAUAUACGACGCAGUGCUAGCCCUCGUCUCUCCCUCCGCUUCCAAUCAUCCCGAGCUGCUCUACCCCUCAUGGUCCGUAUCACUCCCCUCGCGGUCCGUAUCACUCCCCUCGCGGUCCGUAUCACUCCCCUCACGGUCCGUAUCACUCCCCUCGCGGUCCGUAUCACUCCCCUCACGGUCCGUAUCACUCCCCUCACCGUCCGUAUCACUCCCCUCACGGUCCGUAUCACUCCCCUCACCGUCCGUAUCACUCCCUCACGGUCCGUUCACUCGCCCGGCCUGCGUGGUCUCGCUCUUGUACCUGGACGGCCCUCACAGUGCACUGGACAGCAACGCGCUCUCACGUGCUGCUUUUCCUCCUCCCCUCUCCUUUCCAUCAACCCCAGCCUAUGAGGCCAGGGGGCAUCGCCUCUGCUGUACUCACCUCUACCACAUGCCACUCGCACCUGCUGCUGCUCUCCCUCCUCACCUCACCCCCUCUCCAACCCCCCCCAGGUACUCACGCUCGGCCUUCCUGGUGGCGCUCUUCUACACAGUAGCAGUGCACUGGACAGCAGUGUGCUCCAGACAUGCUGCCUACGGGGCUAUCGCCUCUGCCAUGCUCCUACCCCCCUCCCCCUCAACCUCUUUCCUUCUCCUCAUAACAUGUUUCACGGUUGUCCCUUCCCCACCCAUCGCCCACACCCACCCGUACCACUUCUUACCACCCACCCAACGUCCCUGCCCUCCUCAUCCACCCAACGUCCCUGCCCUCCUCAUCCACCCAACGUCCCUGCCCUCCUCAUCCACCCAACGUCCCUGCCCUCCUCAUCCACCCAACGUCCCUGCCCUCCUCAUCCACCCAACGUCCCUGCCCUCCUCAUCCAGCCGCCUUCACUGCCCCCCGCCCUGUUCGACCUUCCAGGUAGCCCACAGUGCGUGGGAGGUCGUGACUGACUCGCAUCUGGACCCCUCUGCACCGCUCUUCAACCUUCUGCACACCAUGCUGUGA